AGCUUCGUCUGUAUUGUGCAAUCCUUAAUCAUUGCAACGCAUUGGCAUUCGUACCGUGUACGCUCUGUGAUUUUAACUCAAACAAUACUCAGUAAAUUGCAGUAAGUGCAUUCAGAUAAAGUCACCACUUCCAGCCCUUCUUCAUCAUCACCAUCAUGUCCAAUACAAUGCGUUGCAUUCUGAUUGUUUGUGUGGCUUUCGCUCUCCUGGCCACCAGCUGUAGCGUUGAGGCAUCGAACUCGAGGCCUCCACGUAACAAUGAAAUAAACACCAUGGCAGACGCAUAUAAAUUUCUUCAGGAUCUGGACACCUACUAUGGGGAUAGGGCGCGAGUAAGGUUCGGCAAGAGAAAUCCCAUGGCGCAAUUGUUUCGCAAUCGAAUGCUAGACGCCAGUAAUGUAAAUGGGGCCAAUGGCGAGUUGAUGGUUCAUGCCAUUGGCGAAGAGGAGGGAGGAUUCUGAAUCAUUCGAGUUUUACCAAAAGUUGACAACAUAUUGAUCUUCUACCCGUUGCAUUUGAUUUGGGGCAAUAGUUUAACGUACGAAAUGAAAGUUCAAGUUUGUGCAGCUAUCGAUUAAAUUAUCAGAAGAUUAGCUUCAUCCAUAGUCACAAUGUUAAUACAAUGAAUGAAUAAAUCAAUGUUAAUAGUAUCCUAAAAGUGAAACAAUGCAAAUAUAUAUAAUUUUAAUUGAAAACUUA